AUGCCUCUCAAGAACGUCCUGGCCAUUGUUGGCGCUCUGCCACUCGCCUCUGCCGUGGGCUGCCCCGUCAUCCACGGCAAUGGCAACGCCCCCUCGGCUCGCUCUGUCAUCUCCCACCCAGAGUCCAUUCUGGAGCCCAGAUUCAGCCCUGACGGCCCCGACUUUGGCAGAUGCUCCCGCAAGAGCACCGUGGCUGGUGGAGGCACUCGAAGCAGCCAGUGGUGGCCGUGUGAGCUGAACCUGGCUGUGCUGCGCCAGAACUCGGACAAGACCAACCCCUUUGGCGGCAGCUUCGACUACGGCGCGGCCUUUUCCAAGGUCAAUGUUGCUCAACUCAAAAAGGACAUCACCGCCCUGCAGACCACCUCGCAAGACUGGUGGCCCGCCGACUUUGGCAACUACGGUCCCUUCUUCAUCCGUCUCGCAUGGCACAACGCCGGUACCUACCGCUCCGUCGACGGCCGUGGAGGAGCCGGCAUGGGACAGCAGCGAUUUGCUCCCCUCAACAGCUGGCCCGACAAUGCCAACCUCGACAAGGCCCGUCGUCUGCUCUGGCCCAUCAAGCAAAAGUACGGCAGCGCUCUCUCCUGGGCUGAUCUUUUCGUCUUCGCCGGUAACACUGCCAUGGAGAACAUGGGCUUCCCCACGUACGGCUUUGGCUUCGGCCGUGAGGACACCUACCAGUCCGACGAGGGCAUCUACUGGGGUGCCGAGCAGGACAUGUUCCCCACUGAUGGCAACAACGUUGUCCGAUACAACGGCAGCACGGACUUCACCGCACGUGCGUCUGAGCUUGAGAGCCCUCUUGGAGCCGUCAGCAUGGGUCUCAUCUACGUUGACCCCCGCGGACCCAACGGCACCCCUGACACCAAGGCCUCUGCUCUGGAUAUCCGCGAGACCUUUGGCCGAAUGGGUAUGGAUGAUGAGGAAACCGUUGCUCUGAUUGCUGGUGGCCACGCCUUUGGCAAGACCCACGGUGCCGAGUCUGGCGAUGAUGUCGGCCCUGAGCCCAACGCCGCUCCUCUUGAGCAGCAGGGCCUUGGCUGGAAGAACACCUUUGGCACUGGUAACGCUGAUGACACUUACACCAGUGGUCUUGAGGUUAUCUGGUCUCGUACUCCCACUAAGUGGGCCAACGAGUUCCUGUUCUCUCUGCUCAACAACAACUUCACCCUUGUCCAGUCCCCUGGUGGUGCUCCUCAGUGGGAGGCCCUGGACGCCAAUGCCUCCUACCCCGACCCUUUCAUCAAGGGCAAGUUCCGCAAGCCUACUCUGCUGACCAGUGAUCUUGCUCUCCGAGAUGACCCCAUCUACAACAACAUCUCCAAGACGUUCCUGAACGACUUUGACUACUUCACUGAGAAGUUUGGUCUCGCCUGGUACAAGCUUCUCCACCGUGAUAUGGGCCCUAUUUCUCGCUACCUUGGCCCUGAUCUUCCCAAGGCGGCUCCCCUGAUCUGGCAGGAUCCUCUCCCUUCUGCUUCCGGAUACAGCACUCUCGCUGCCUCUGAUAUCUCAGCCAUCAAGCAGCAGAUUCUUGCCGCUCCUGGCCUCAACAUCUCCAACCUUGUCACCACCGCCUGGGGAUCAGCCUCGACCUUCCGUAUCUCUGACAAGCGUGGUGGAGCCAACGGUGCUCGCAUUGCUCUCCAGCCCCAGGUUUCAUUCGCCGCCAACAACCCCACUCGUCUGCAGACUGUUCUCAAGGCUCUGAAAGGAAUCCAAUCCAAGUACGCCUCAAGCGGCAAGACAGUGUCUCUUGCUGAUCUCAUUGUUCUUGGUGGUAACGCCGCCAUUGAGAGCGCUGCCAAGGCUGCUGGAGUCACUCUUACCGUGCCAUUCACCGCUGGCCGUGUCGAUGCCCUCCAGAAUCAGACUGAUGUCUCUACCUUUGCUUUCCUCGAGCCCCAGGCCGAUGGCUUCCGCAACUACGGCAAAGGCACUGCCCGAUCUCUGACCGAGGAGUUCUUGGUUGACAAGGCCGCCCUCCUGACUCUGAGCCCUCCUGAGCUGACUGUCCUCGUCGGCGGCCUGCGUGCCCUGAAUGCCAACUUCGACGGCUCCUCAACCGGUAUCCUCACCUCUCGCCCCGGCCAGCUCACCAACGACUGGUUCGUCAACCUUCUGGGCUCAUACUCCACCUGGGCCGUCGUCAACGGCACCAACGAGGAGCGAUUCCAGAGCGUCGACCCCAAGUCUGGCAAGGUCCAGUGGACUGCCAGCCGUGCUGAUCUCAUCUUCGGCUCACACCCCGAGCUGCGUGCCAUCACCGAGGUCUACGCCGGCUCCGACGCUGCCUCCAAGUUCACCACUGACUUUGUUGCUGCUUGGGCCAAGGUCAUGGACCUUGACCGCUACGACGUCAAGGGACACCUUGGAGCUUUCUAA